AUGUUUUUAAGUAAUCUAUCUAUCUAUCUAUCUAUCUAUCUAUCUAUCUAUCUAUCUAUCCCAGUCUGCUCAUAUCUAUCACAGUCUGCUAUUGCAAUCUGUUCAUAUCUAUCUAUCACAGUCUGUUCAUAUCUAUCUAUCUAUCUAUCUAUCUAUCUAUCUAUCUAUCUAUCUAUCUAUCUAUCUAUUGCACUGCAGUUUGCUCGGACUGCCCUCAUUCCCAUCUAUCUUCCAGGUUUUAUGCAUUCCAUGUCCUUGUCAUCUAUAACCCCUGGCUGCACUACCCUGCUCCCUGUCUCACUAAGCACCACCACCAUCACCACCAUGAAUAUCACCUUCUCUGAAGGCUACUUCCUUUACCUUUUCCAAACGUACAUUAAUGGACAGACAUCUCCAUUUAUUAUGCUAAGUGAAAUGCCUGUGCCUUCUCACUUGUCUCAAAAGUCUAACCUCUUCCUUCAGAUUAUGAUUCUCAUAUGGGCUCUGUUGUGA